CGUAUAAAACAACAACGUUUUCGCGUUUUGGUAGUACCAUGAUAGCAAACGCAUGAAUCAAAACUUCAUAUAUAUUUUGUUGAUUUUUGAAUGCGUGAUACUCAAAUUCUUUGAUUAUUAUUGUGACGACUAAGUGAUACAUGCAUUUUCAGAAGUAAAACACCUCACCUAAUAUUUUUUGAUCGGCGCCAUAUUUGUAGUGAUUUGCCAUUUUGCACAAAACUUGUAUUAGGGUUUUAUCAAUAUUCAAUUUAGUUACGAAUUAUUAACAUUUCUCUCAAUCAAUAGCAAAAAUGGACCCGCAAAAAUCUUUGACAACUGACUCUGAAGCCAAGAGUUAUAUGGCAGAAAAAGAAAUUCCACAACUUUUCGAGAGCAUGAUGACUGGACUUAUGUACGCCCGCCCAGCAAACCCACUUGAGUUUUUGGAAGAAUGCAUCAGUAAGUCGAAAGUGAUGGGACCAGAGAAGCUGACUUGGGACUCUUUUGCCCUGAAGAAGGACCCUCUGCCCCCCAUUUCGCCACGUGACCCACAAAGGGAGCAAUCGUUCAUCACUCAAAAAGAAGAGGAGCAAACUGAAGAAAAGAAAGCUGAAAAUACUCAAGCCAGUUCAUCAUUGAACCCAUACAAUGCGUUGCCGCCUAUUAAAUCAGAAGCGGACCAGCCCUCCACCGGUGAAGUAGAAGAAUCGACACCCGAGCCGGUGGGAAUUCUGGCAGCCACACUACCGCCAGAGAUAGAUUUGAAAGACACCAAGUUCACACUGGAGAAGGGAAAGAGCCCUGUUCUGUGUGUGCUCAUAGGGACGGUGGGUUGUGGAAAGGAGCACCACUUUGCUUCCUUGAAGGACGACUUCGGCCUGGCCAUCAUUCGGCUGGGAGACCUGUUGGACCAAGAGGUCAAGUCAGGCUCCGAAGUGGGAAACUCUAUCAAGGACAUGGUGAAUGCGGGUGAACAGAUUCCAGAUAAUAUUUCUGUGGAAUUGAUCAAAGCGGAGAUGUCAAAAGUCGGACAAGUUUACGGCUACGUCAUUGACGGGUUCCCGAGGUCCAUUGAGGGUCUAUCCCUUUUUGAAGAACAGGUGGGGGCUGUGACUCAGGCUGUUUACUUCGAGCAGAAUGACGACAGUCUGCAAGAGACCUUAGAGGAGUCGACUCACAAGUCUGCCGAAGAAGACAUCGCCAGCUUCAAACAAAUCACCCAGCCAAUAAUAUCCCACUUUGAAGAACACGACAAGUUAUUCAGGAUUUCGAGUGACUUGGGCGAAUGGGACCAAUGGGAGGCGGUCAAGGCCGAGGUUGCCAAGCUGGGAUUCGUAUCCGUCGCGGAGCUCUCGACUGAGCAGACGGAAGCAAAUGUCCUCGGUGAAGCCGAAGUUGAGCCGGAGGAGGGCGAGGUUAAAGAGGAUGAGAUUGCCGCCGUGGAGGAAGUCGCGAUUACGGGGAUGACUGAAGAUUCGGUUCCCCCGUCGGAACUCAAUGAAACCGCCUUUGUCUGUCUAAUAUGUUCGAGCACAGCAGACAGUUCGGCUGUUGUGAGUUUUCUGGAGGACAGUCACGACUUCAAGAAACUCAAAGUGAGCGAUGUGUUGUCGGCCGAAGCCCAGACCGAGUCCCCCCUCGGAGCAGCCCUGAAGACCACUAUGCUGCAAACACAAGAUAUUCCCCAUGACAUGGCGCUGGCAGCUAUACUGGGAGCAGUUCUGAAGCACUCGGGAUCCGAGAAGAUCCUCCUCGAGGGAUUCCCAAGGUCCACCGACCAGCUGGAGAAGUUCGAAAAAGUGGUUGGGCCUCUGAGUUUUGCAGUGUUUUUGGAAGAAGAGUCCGAAGAUAUGAAGGAAGUGUUCAAGGCCACUUCUCAGUUGUCCGAAGAAGAAAUCGAGGCUGAAAUUGCCAGCUUCAAAGAGAACGUGGCCCCCGUUCUGGAACAUCUGGAGUCCAGAGGACUCCUUUGCAAGAUACCAGUCAAAGAUUUCAGUACAGAAAAUGAGUCACUCACUUCGUGUCUUGCAGACUUGAAGCUAAACAAAUUGGAGAAAGCUUCAAUCCACGAGCUUCAAAAUGAAUUGACUAUGACAUCGGCUGCUGCAGCCAAAAUCCCCGAGAGUGCAGACAUGAAAUCAGUGUUUGAGAAGCUUCCGAUUGUAUUUGUGACCGGAGGACCUGGAAGUGGAAAAGGCACUCAGUGCGACAAAAUCGUGAAGGAGUUUCAGUUCACCCAUUUAUCUUCCGGUGACCUUUUGAGGGCUAAAGUCGCCUCUGGAUCGCCAGAUGGACAGGAGUUAGAUGAGAUGAUGAAAGCUGGUAAAUUGGUACCUCUGGAAAAGGUACUAGAAUUGAUCACAGAAGGUAUGACAGAGGCAGUGGCACAGGGAUCUUGUAAUGGAUUUCUAAUCGAUGGGUAUCCGAGAGAAAUCGAACAGGGUACAAAGUUCGAAGAAGUGAUCAAACCAUGUUCCUUGGUCAUUGAUUUCGAUGUUCCGGAUGAAGUGAUGGUACAGCGCUUGAUCAAGAGAGGCGAAACUAGCGGACGACAAGACGACAACGAGGAAACCAUCAGAGCCAGACUGCAAACAUACAGAGAAGCAACUGUUCCCGUGGCCGAGUACUACGAAAAGCAGAACAAGCUCGUAAAAAUUGAUGCAAAUCGAGACGUCGAUGCUGUUUUCACUGAUGUAGCUUCUGCAUUCAGCACGAGGCUUCACAUGACCAAAAAAUCAAUUAAGGAUCAAUUAGAAAAGCUGCCAAUCGUAUUUGUCACUGGUGGACCAGGCAGCGGAAAAGGAACUCAGUGUGACAAAAUCGUGGAAAAAUUUCAGUUUACACAUCUAUCAUCCGGCGAUCUUUUGAGAGCCAAAGUUGCAUCGGGUUCACCUGAUGGUCAAGAGUUAGAUGAUAUGAUGAAAGCUGGCAAAUUGGUACCAUUAGAAAAAGUUUUAGAUCUGAUUACAGAAGGAAUGACAAAUGCAGUCGCACAGGGUACUUGUAACGGGUUUUUGAUCGACGGAUAUCCUAGAGAGAUUGAACAAGGCACCAAGUUUGAAGAAAAGAUCAAACCGUGCUCCCUGGUCAUUGACUUUGAUGUUCCUGAUGAAGUGAUGGUACAACGCUUAAUCAAGAGAGGCGAAACUAGUGGAAGGCAAGAUGACAAUGAGGAAACCAUCAGAGCGAGACUUCAAACAUACAGAGAAGCGACAGUGCCAGUGGCCGAAUAUUAUGAAAAGCAGAACAAGCUUGUCAAAGUUGAUGCCAACAGAGAUGUCGAGCAGGUUUUUGAAGACGUUACUACAGCUUUCAAAGAUAAAUUAUCACUCGGCCACGCUUCGACUAGUGGCGACAAACUCGCAGCUCUCCCAAUAAUUUUUGUCACUGGUGGACCCGGAAGUGGUAAAGGAACUCAGUGCGACAAAAUUGUGAGCCAGUUCAAUUUUACUCACCUUUCUUCUGGUGACUUGCUAAGAGCAAAAGUAGCAUCUGGCUCCCCUGAUGGACAAGAGCUGGAUGGGAUUAUGAAAGCGGGUCAGUUAGUGCCCCUGGAGAAAGUCCUCGAUUUGAUAACUGAAGCUAUGAAAACCGCUGUGGAACAGGGGCCCUGUCAAGGAUUCCUCAUUGACGGAUACCCGAGGGAGAUUGAACAGGGUACAAAAUUCGAAGAAAAGAUCAAACCGUGUUCCCUAGUCAUUGACUUCGACGUGCCUGAUGAAGUAAUGGUGGAGCGCCUGAUUAAAAGAGGAGAGACAAGUGGAAGACAAGACGACAAUGAAGAAACGAUCAGAGCCAGACUGCAAACAUACAGGGAAGCCACUGUUCCCGUGGCCGAAUACUACGAAAAACAGAACAAGCUUGUCAAAAUAGACGCUAACAGAUCAGUUGACGAAGUGUUCGAAGAUGUCGUUAAAGCGUUUGCCACUAUUGAAAUGGCACCUGUCAGUCAACCAGUAUUCUUCAUCGUGGGGGGUCCGGGUUCGGGCAAGGGCACCCAGUGUGAGAAGAUGGUAGCCGAAUUCAGCCUGACCCAUUUGUCCUCGGGUGACCUGUUGCGAGCCGAGGUGGCCUCGGGCUCGGAGAAGGGCAAGGCGCUGGAGGCGGCGAUGAAGGCGGGCCAGCUGGUGACGACUGAGACUGUGCUGGAUUUGAUGAAGGGUGCGAUGGAGAAAGAGAAGGCGACUAGCAAGGGCUACUUGAUUGACGGGUACCCCAGGAAAGUGGAGCAGGGAGAACAAUUCGAGAAAACGGUGGCGCCCUGUGCCGCCUGCAUCUUCUUUGAUGUGCCGAAUGAGGUGAUGAAAGAGCGACUUCUGAAGAGGGCGGAGACGAGUGGUCGGGCGGACGACAACGAGGAGACCAUCGCCAAACGACUGGUCACUUUCGACAACGAGACCAAGCCAGUUCUGUCCUAUUACGAGAAGGAAGGCAAACUGCACAAGAUCAACGCCCAGAGGGGAGUGGACGAGAUAUACACCGAUGUCAGGACUGUCCUCCUCAAAUUCGUGAAAUAAAGAGAAAGAUGACUCAAACUUCACUGGCAUAUUGGUUACAAUUAACUCUCGCUACAUCAAUCAACAAGCAAAAAAGAACCAACAAACCAAACCGCUUUCCACAAACUCCUUCAUCUGUUUCUUUUUUCAAUUGAAUUUAUUUUACUAAAACAACUUUGAGAAUUGCCAAUUAACAACAUUUUUGUGAUUAUAAAUAACUGUCAAACGAACCAAUAUAUUCUAAGCACAAA